AUGCGUGUAUACGAAUCCAAAGACGGCGCUCUAUACAGCAGGACCGGCGUCAUCUCCCCACCACCACCACCCCCACCAUCACCAUCCUCACCCGACCUCCUCACAAACUCCUUCGAACCACAAAUUCGCCAGACAAUCCACACAAUCAUCUCCGCCGUCCACACCACAAACCUUGCCAUCUCCACCUACCGCAACCUCUGCACCUCCAACGUGCAUAAAAUCACCGCGAUAAAACAUCUCGCUCUAACCGCCGAUGCUGUUGCGAUAGCCUCUUUGAGGAAGAAAUAUGCGCAAUUGAUUAUUGCAGAGAUGAAAAUGUGUAGGGAGGUGGAAGGGAUGAAGCAGGGGGUUGUGAUGUUGAGAUUGGAUUUGGCGGAGUUGCAUGAGUUGAAUGGGAGUGUGGAGGAGAGGAGGAAUGAUGAUGUUGAGGGGGAGGGGUGGAUGCCUAAUAUUGGGUUAUUGAGGAGGAGGGAGGAAGGUGUUGAUGGAAGUCAAGGUGAUGGAUCUGCUGAUGCUUGGGUUUAUGAUCUUGAGGGGGAUGAAGAAGAUUACGAAAGAGGCUCGGAGGAUGAGCUUUAUGAUGGGGACGCCGAUGAGAGUUAUGAUGAGGACGAGGAAGACGACGCCGCACCAUUCGAAGACCCCAUCACAGAACUCGAUGGAAGAUAUCUAAACUGGAUCCAAGACUGGAAAACCUCAGAAAACAGGAAAAUGCUCAUCACACUGCUAGGCACUGACUCACCAACACCACCACCUGAAGAGAUGCUCAGCUCGAAUAGCCUACCUUCUGAUGAAUAUCGAGCAUCCUACAACCGCUGGGAACAAGCAUUCGGCAGAGACUUCGAACAUAACACAUCCAUUGGUGAGGACGAAGAGCUCGAUAUCAAAAUGCAAUGGCAGUAUGAGCAGCCAGAGCAGAAGAAGAGUAUGAACAUCGACAACAUCUACCACUGGAUAGGAAAAUACUUCCAAACAGUCCGGCAGACCAGAAAGCGAAUUGACAAGCUCAUAAUCUCACAUAAAAAGGGGAGAUGGUAG